AUAGGUAUACUUACGUGUUGUUGAGAUAGAAUAGGUGUGGGUUGCGGUUUGUGUGCAUACAUCUAGAGGUUUGUUGUUGUUUCGGCUUUUUCGAAUUUUGCAAGAUUCAAGGGAUUUCGAAGGAUAAGACGCUGUUGCUCAAAUUUUCAAUUUUUCUGCACGAGUGCAUUUAGAAAAGGAACUGCGUCUUUGCAUCUUAAUUACGUUAUACGCGCAGUAUACGAAUCAGCGCACGCGCAGCAUGAGCUCGACCCAUAACCUCGAAAAACGCUAGCAGAAUGGAGAAGGAGCUGCACAAGUGCCUUGUAGAGUUUUUCUCCAAGUUAGAAACAACGGACAUCAAAUGGAAGGAGCUGCAAAAUAACACAGAGAGGGUCAUCGAAGCUCUAAAAAAUCAAACGGGACAGUUGCAUCACGUGACGAGUUCGGAGGUCGAUAACGCGGAGCUCUGCAAAGUCGAGGGACUACGGGAGAGGCUGAUAUUCAAAAUACACGCGGGAAUCGAAAAUGAGGUCGCGUGUAUUCAAGAGGCCGUGACGAGACUGAACAACAAUAGCCAGGACCUGAAGAACAGACUGAUGAAAAUCGAGGCGACUCGAAGCAAAUUAUCGCUGGAGGACGAAAAUCUAAGGGAACUGGUUAAUGGCACGGCCCGCAGGCCUAAGCUUAAUUCUCUCCUCGAGUGGGCGAUCGACGCUUGUGAUUACUAUCACAACUUAUAUCGUCAGUUGAGCGAGAGCCUGAAGGCUCUGGACUAUAAGGAUACGAAGAGCGUCGAGAGGCUGGCCGAGUCUUUCGUCGAGCGAGAAUCUACGCGAAUGAGGAUCGAUCGUAUACUGACCUACACGCAGUUUAUCGCUCGAGAGACCGUUCGCUGAUGACUCCAAUAGUUGUCAGGCUUUUUUUAUACGAAACAUGGUAUUUUUCGACUGAUUAACAUUUACCUAAGCCUAAUAUUUUACACGAUUUUUGGAAUAAAAGUAUUUUUAACAAUA